GUUUCAUUCCAGCAUCUCAGACUACACAGCACAACAUAAUAACUUGACAGUCAGUGGGAAUAAUAAUAACCUGGAUGCUGCAGCUGGGAAUUGCAAGGACUGAAGAACGGAGGGUUCAUUAUGUCUACAAGCGCACACUUGUAUCUCAGUGACCUUUUGUCUGGAUAUUAAACGUUUCACAUUACAACACGUUGUGUAUCAAGAGCAGCCAGGAGGGACGCCUGCCCAGUGCUUUUAAUCUGCAAGGACACCCCCAUUACACUGGUGCUGUGGCAGCUGUUUACAGUACGUGCACAUCGUAGAAUAGCUGAAUAUUAGAAGAGUAUUGGAUCAGCAUAAUCAGACCAUUUGCAUUCUUCAGACUUUGCAGAGAAUAGCAAGAUAUAAGGCAAAAUAUAUUCCAAUGCCUUCUAAAGACUUACAUUCCUACCAACUGGCUUGUAUUCUCACACAGAUGAGAGCAUGGUUCUCUCAAGAUAACCCCAAGAUUUGGCUCUAGUUGGAACAGGGAUUGAUGUCUCCAUUCCCCUUAACAGACAUUCUGUUACUCCCGGUCUCUGAUGCCAGCUUUACACCAUGGCCAAUUCUACUCGUGAACAUCUUCUUUUUGUACGACGGCGAAACCCUCAGCUGCAUUAUAUCUUAAGUCCAGAGAAUCUCCAAAGUUUUGCAUCUCAAAACACAAUGACAGAGAAUUUGAACUUUCAACGGGCCAACAGUGAUACUGACUUGGUAACCUCUGACAGUCGUUCAAGCCUGACAGCCAGCAUGUAUGAGUAUAUACUUGGGCACUCUCAGGAACUUAUCAUCUUCUGGGAUAUUAAAGAAGAAGUGGAUCCCACUGAUUGGAUUGGGCUUUAUCAUAUUGAUGAAAGUUGUCCUGCAAAUUUCUGGGAUUCCAAGAAUAGAGGAGUAACUGGAACACAAAAAGGGCAAAUUGUCUGGAGAAUUGAGUCUGGCCCAUAUUUUAUGGAACCGGAAAUAAAAAUUUGUUUCAAGUAUUAUCAUGGUAUCAGUGGAUCUUUGAGAGCUACAACACCCUGCAUCACUGUGAAAAAUCCAGCUGUAAUGAUGGGAGCAGAUGGUGCGGAAGGAUUUUCUGCUGCUCAUCAAUGUCGAAAACUGGCCAGCUUCACUUUAUCUGAUCUCAGAGCAGUGGGAUUAAAGAAGGGGAUGUUUUUUAAUCCUGACCCUUACCUAAAGAUGUCCAUACGACCUGGGAAAAAGAGCACAUUUCCAACAUUUGCCCAUCAUGGCCAAGAAAAGAGAUCGACUAUUAUUGCAAACACUACAAAUCCAGUAUGGCACAGAGAGAACUAUUCCUUUGUUGCUCUACUCACGGAUGUUUUGGAAGUUGAAAUAAAAGAUAAAUUUGCCAAAAGUCGCCCUAUCAUCAAAAGGUUUCUUGGAAAAUUAACUAUUCCAGUACAGAGGCUGUUGGAAAGAAAUGCAAUUGGUGACCAGAUUCUGAGCUAUAAUCUGGGGAGAAGACUCCCGACCGAUCAUGUCAGUGGAUAUUUACAGUUUAAAGUUGAAAUAACAUCAUCAAUUCAUGAUGAUGCGUCUCCAGAGGCAGUUGGCACACUUCUUAGUGCAAAUAAUAUUAAUGGAGACAUUGGUACUCCUUCCGAUGAUGAAGAUAGUCCUGCUGGCCAUGACACACCUUCCACAUUUUCCAAUGGUCCUCUCCAUGCAGAAACUUUGCUAGAUGGUAUAAGAGCUGGCAUAACUACGGAGACAGACUGUGAAGAGAUAGCAAGCACUACUUCAAGGACAUCACCGAUUCGUAGUCGCCAAGACUCCCUCAAUGAUUACCUUGAUGCACUUGAACAAAGCAACAAUGCCAAACUCAGUGCUGCUGCCUCUGCCCCUGGUGAACAUACACUGGGAGCAUCACCAAAGCUAAGGAGCAGUUUCCCCACUGACACAAGACUCAAUGCAAUGCUUCACAUUGAUUCAGAUGAAGAAGAUCAUGAGUUUCGUCAGGAUGUGUUGUGUCAUUCACCACUAGUGGAGGAAGGUGGACUUGUGUUAAAUUGUGGUACUAGCAGAAGAAAAGACAGUUAUUUUAGUUUGGCAUCAAAUCCAGGGGAAGAUGGAAAUUCUGAAAUGCAAACAUCAGAUGCUGCAGAAGGCAACACUCAGAUCUCUAUUACAGAUGUCUCAGCUUUGGGAGCAGUUGGAGUGGUGCUUGAAAAUUCUUUAGAAAGUAAAAGUGUUGAUAUUGAGGUAGAGACUGUGUUAUGUGUUUGUGAGGGGACCCAGGAACCCUCACCUGUAAAUAUUGAUGCACUUGAGCAGAACAAAAUCAGGGGAAGUAACAUGGAAGCAAAUGUAACUGAACCUAUGACAUGUUCACCUUCUCAGGUAGUGUCCGAAAUGGGUGCAUGCAGCUCUUUAUAUACACAGGCUUCCGGCGAAUCAAGCAGUGGUGCUGAAGGAAGGACAAAUAGUGAUGGGACUAGCAUAAUUUUUAACUUCAAUGUUUCUUCUGGGGAAUUUACACCCAAUACAUGUUCUUUAUCGUUAGAAAGUUCAGAAAGUCCUGUGUUUUCCUCAAAAGAUGAGGCAUGUGGGACCUGUGUAUUCAAAUCUGGGAGGUCAGAGGUGCAGGCUUCUGCAUGCAAUCCGUGUUCCCUUCCAUCUGUAAAUAUCAACAGGAACAAUAAUGAAGACCAAAUUGGAACAGAAAUAUGUGAAGGAGAAGGAACAGAGGAAAUUUGGCAGAGAAGGAAUAUGCAGACAGCCUCAGCUAGCAUGCAAACACAGGAUGAAGAGGCUGGUGGAGCACAGGAGACAUCCAGAGACGUGAUUCAGACCACGUUGCAAAGCGAGAGCGCCACAGCAAGUUCUCAAGCAAAUGGCCAUCAACCAUUACGGUCACUCCCUUCAGUCCGACAAGAUGUGAGCAGAUACCAGAGAAUAGAUGAAGCUUUACCACCUAACUGGGAAGCACGAAUUGACAGCCAUGGUAGGAUAUUUUAUGUUGAUCACGUAAAUCGUACAACAACAUGGCAACGUCCUACAGCUCCUCCAGCUUCACAGAUUCUGCAGAGAUCAAACUCUAUCCAGCAAAUGGAGCAGCUUAAUCGACGGUAUCAAAGCAUCCGACGAACAAUGACUAACGAUCAGCCAGAUGAGGUGGCAAAUCCAGUUGAGGGAGCUGUGGCCGGGGAGGAUGUUGAUUAUCAUCAUUCAACUGCAGAUUUCCGCAGAGAGAAUGCACUUCCACAUUCUACCUCAAGGUCCAGGCUUAGUUUGCUGCUCAACUCUCCACCUGUGAGAUUCCUCACUAGCCCAGAAUUCUUUACAGUUUUGCAUUCAAACCCUAGUGCCUAUCGCAUGUUUACAAAUAAUACUUGUUUGAAACAUAUGAUCACCAAAGUUCGAAGAGACACGCACCAUUUUGAGCGAUACCAACAUAAUCGGGAUCUUGUAGGAUUUUUGAAUAUUUUUGCCAAUAAGCAACUUGACUUACCAAGAGGAUGGGAAAUGAAGCAUGAUCAUCAAAGCAAGCCAUUCUUUGUAGAUCACAAUUCUCGGAGCACUACUUUUAUUGAUCCUCGUCUUCCAUUACAAAGCAGCAGACCAACCAGUGCAUUGCUUCAUCGGCAGCAUUUGACAAGACAGCGCAGUCACAGUGCUGGGGAGGUCGGGGAAGAUGCACGUCACUCUGGUCCCCCUGUUUUACCGAGGCCAUCUAGUACCUUUAACACAGUCACUAGAAGUCACUAUCAGGAUAUGAUCCCGGUUGGUUACAAUGAAAAAAUUGUUGCAUUCUUGCGUCAACCAAACAUUUUUGAAAUUCUUCAGGAGCGUCAGCAUGAGCUCUGCAGGAAUCAUUCUCUCAGGGAAAAGAUACAGUUUAUUCGGGCAGAAGGACCCUCAGGACUUGUCCGCCUAUCUGGUGAUGCGGACCUCGUUAUUCUGUUGAGCCUUUUUGAAGAAGAUAUAAUGUCAUACGUUCCACCACAUGCCUUACUUCAUCCCAGCUAUUGCCAGUCUCCUCGCGGUUCUCCAGUGGCUUCUCCACAAAACUCACCUGGAACACAACGUGCCAAUGCAAGAGCACCAGCACCAUAUAAAAGAGAUUUUGAAGCAAAGUUACGAAAUUUCUACCGGAAGUUAGAAACUAAAGGAUAUGGUCAAGGUCCUGGGAAAUUAAAAUUAAUCAUAAGAAGAGACCAUUUAUUAGAGGAUGCUUUCAACCAAAUAAUGGGCUAUUCAAGAAAAGAUCUUCAAAGAAAUAAACUGUAUGUCACUUUUGUUGGGGAAGAGGGGUUGGAUUAUAGCGGCCCAUCCAGGGAAUUUUUCUUCCUUGUGUCUAGAGAACUAUUUAACCCAUAUUAUGGUUUAUUUGAGUAUUCUGCAAAUGAUACUUACACAGUACAAAUAAGUCCAAUGUCUGCAUUUGUUGACAAUCAUCAUGAAUGGUUUAGAUUUAGCGGCCGCAUCUUGGGACUUGCACUUAUACAUCAGUAUUUAUUAGAUGCUUUCUUCACACGUCCGUUUUAUAAAGCUCUUCUUAGAAUCCUUUGUGACUUGAGUGAUUUGGAGUAUCUGGAUGAGGAAUUCCAUCAGAGUCUGCAAUGGAUGAAGGAUAAUGAUAUCCAUGAUAUUCUGGACCUUACAUUCACUGUAAAUGAAGAAGUGUUUGGACAGAUUACAGAACGUGAACUUAAGCCAGGGGGUGCUAACAUACCAGUAACCGAGAAAAAUAAGAAAGAAUAUAUUGAAAAGAUGGUGAAGUGGAGAAUUGAAAGAGGAGUUGUACAGCAGACAGACAGUCUUGUGCGGGGGUUUUAUGAGGUGGUAGACGCUCGCCUGGUAUCUGUGUUUGAUGCCAGGGAGCUAGAGCUAGUGAUUGCUGGAACAGCAGAGAUUGAUUUGGGAGAUUGGAGAAACAACACAGAGUAUAGAGGAGGUUACCAUGAUAAUCACAUUGUUAUCAGAUGGUUCUGGGCUGCUGUUGAGAGGUUUAACAAUGAACAGCGUCUCCGUUUACUGCAGUUUGUUACUGGCACUUCCAGCAUACCAUACGAAGGCUUUGCUUCUUUGAGAGGCAGCAAUGGGCCAAGACGAUUCUGCGUAGAAAAGUGGGGAAAAAUCACUGCUUUACCCAGAGCCCAUACAUGUUUUAAUCGCCUUGAUCUUCCACCAUAUCCAUCAUUUUCAAUGCUCUUUGAGAAGCUUUUGACAGCCGUUGAGGAAACAAGUACAUUUGGCCUUGAGUAGUUCUUUUUAGGUUUGGCUACUUAGACAUCUUUGUCAUGCAACACAAUGUUGUGAAAUGAACCUAAAACAUCAAAAUGACACUAAUUCAGAACUUUUCCAAUCAAUUGUGUCUAAAACCACAGUGUGAUACUGCAGGAUGUCUGUGAUGCCACUAACGUAUCAAGAAUGUGUUGAGUACAAGAAAAUGAAGUCUGCAAUGAUAAACACUAUUUCAAAGCAUAGAAGAAUGGCAACACGAUAUUUGGCUGUCAUUUCCUACAUGUAGUCCGAGCAGAGCAGAAACAAUAUAAACAAAUCAAUCUCAAAGAAAUAAUAAACUUCUACAAUGAUACAAUGCAUUCCAAUUUCUAGAAGUAAUGUUGAGGUGCUUGCAUGGUAUGCAUCUUCAUUUUACUUACACUAGCAGAGAACAAACAUUAAGGGUCAAAUGAUCACAUACUAUAAACGUGUCAAAACCUAUGCAUGACUAUAUCUGCAGUUUCUUUUAGUGAAAUUAGCAGCAGAUUUAUCUAAUCUAACACAUGCAAAAAAAAAUCUGCACAUUCUCUAUAUUAAUGUAUAUUGAGAUUCACAUAAAUGUUGUUGCUUUCUACACAUAUGUAUGACAAUACUGUUUUCAAUUACACACUUUCCAGCACUAUAAUGAAUUGUAUUGUAAAAUAAGAAUUUUAUUUAUUCUUGCAUCUAUGAUGCAAUCACUUCGUUUUUCUUUAAACAUGAUUGUUACUGUUCUGGCCAUUACUGUUUUUCUAUAUUAUUAAACUAUUGGAUUUAAAAGAUAAAUACAGGACUCCUGGAAGCACUUCCAUUUUACUGAUAGGAACAGAAGGCCAGGUGACAUCCAGAAAUGGCAUAAUAAAAUGCAACUGCAGUCAGAGUGCCUUUUCUUAUAUAAUCUAGUGUACCGCCUGGUUCUGCAUCUUUUCUUGUUACCAUUAAUUAUUACUUAUUGGAGAUAAAAGUGUUUUUAAAUACGGUAGAUCUAGCCAUCUUUUGUUUUAUUUAUUUUUUACGACAUUUUCAGAAUCAUUAAGAGAAAAGGGGAAAAUAAUAAACCUAAUAUAGACUAUUUCAAAAUGAACAUUUUCAUACAGCAUUUUUGUGUAGGAUUUAAUUCUAGGAAAAUGUCAGUUGCAUCAUGUUUUGUCGACAUGAGCAAAAACUUAGAACUAUCUUGUUUCAUAUUCAUUAUUUUGUUACAUAUACUCCUGGCUUGUGUAAGUACACAGCAUAGACUGUGGAAAGUGUGCAAAACAAGUAUGCUUUAUACAUUAUGGGUAUGUUAAUGAUUGACACUUGUUGCCAAGUCCCCCACUGUAGAAGCACUGUAUAAUUUAUGCUUUACAUACCUGACUUUAAGUUUUUCAAGCAGAGAUUCUUAUUUAUGUCAAACAUUGUAAGAGUCAGUGGCAGUGCUCACUCUGGUUUGUACACAGUUUUACAUAUCAUGGGAACAGACAUCGUAAAACGCUACCAUGCAUUUGUUAGAGUUCUCCAAAGCGACUUAUAAACAGUAUCCUUUGUAGCCGAGGAUGGAUUAGAUGUAUCAUUAUGUAUUUAAUGCUCAUUCUGCAUGGAUGUUAUAUGAUGUUUUAAUCGGACACCUACAUGCAGUACUAUGAAAAAUAAAACACAUUUGAUUAUUUUUAUAUGGCUAUUGUACAAUUUACAAUGGAAUAUUUUAAAUGAACAUUUACAAACACGCGUUUUCAUGUCUAUAAGAGCAUAAAUGUGCUUGUAUGUAUUACA